GUUUCGAAGAAGUAUGAUGCACCGGUAACGAGCGAUACGACCAGCAGGAAAUGUACAUCCAAAAGCAUGGAAGAUGGCGCGACGAUCACGCUGAACGGCGAUAGCACCUCGAGGGGCCAAAACCCCCAACGAGCGCGGGCAUCCUCCGCUUCGCAGCAGCAUAAGAGAAGCCCAUCCGGCGGGAUCCUAUCUAGACUUCCAUUUCUUCGCUCAAAUAUUGAAGGGCGGUCACCGACGUCGCCAACGAAGAAGUCAAUUGUCAAGGACCGAUUCGAGGCUGGUGAAGAGCCAUUGUUUCUCUCUCCUUCGCGACAGCCACACAGUCGGGAGAUGGAACCGUCGAUGGCGGCGGCUUUGCGCCAGCAUAAGUCUAGAAAAAGAAAGGGGAGUCUGAGAAAGGCGGCACUGCUGAGCACUGGAAGACUCAAGUUCGAGCGGCGACCGAGCGAGGAAUUGGAACGUGGCGAGCCUACGAAGUAUUCUAUGAAAACGGCUCACGAACCAAAGGAAACCACGUCGCCUUCGGAUAUAGACUCCUCAGGGACACAUUACGACGCGUCAGCAUCUUCUUCGGCAGCGACUAUUAGCGAGCCUUCCAAUUGGUCCCUCCCACCCUCAUCGCAAGUCCUCAAGUUAGACACAAUAACUCAAGCCAACGGCGGCCUUUCACCGCCCGCCGGCGCCCAAGACCUUAACCUGUUGUCACCCGAGUCAAUAACCUCACCAAUCUCCCGCUAUGCGUCCACGACCUCGGAUGAAGACGGUGGAAGCGGCAUUCACCUCUCCAUCGGUGCGUCCGCGGCGGAGCUUACUCGUCGCCGCUCGACAUUGCGGAAUCCUAUUUUGCCCUCUCCGGCACGGUCGCCUUCGAUCCCUCCACCGCAUUCUGCUGCCGACACGGAGUACUGGGGCUGGAUCAUUCUCUUCGUCACUUGGAUCGUAUUCGUUGUCGGUAUGGGCUCUUGUCUGGGCGUCUGGAGCUGGGCUUGGGAUGUGGGUGAGACGCCAUACGCACCUCCGGAGUUAGAAGAUGAUCCAACACUCCCGAUUGUUGGCUACUAUCCUGCGCUUAUUGUUUGUACUGGUGUCAUGGCCUGGGUGUGGUGUUUGGUUGCAUGGAUAGGCAUGAAGUACUUCCGGCACGCGAGAUUUGACGCCGGAGGGGGUAGUGACGAAGGAGAUUAAAGUGCAUGUCCUCAAAAUCAUUGCAUUUUAGCGGUCCUUUUGCAAGUAAUUUUGGUCCGUAGGUCUAUGUAUUGUCGAUGAUACCCCAUGCAUACACGCGUGCUCUGAACACUACUCUCUACUUUGGCUCCGGUGGCUAUGAUAAAGACCAAGAUUGGCGUAAUUUUCGC